UAGACAAUAACUUAUAUGAUUUUAUUAUCAGGAGACAAAAAAAACUAAUUAAAUUUUUUUUAUAGAUUAUAUGUAUAUCGGUUUUGAAGUUCUGGAAGUCAGAUUACUAUACCGUUGGUUGAGUGCAGGCCAUAUGGCGAAAAAAAUGAUGAGUUUGAACACCAACAACCUGUUAAUACUUUCAAUGUAUCUGGCAUGUGUGACCACGACAGAAUCAAAUUCAGUGACGUUGAAAGUUCGAGGAGUGGAUUGCGCAGACACAUGUUUUUAUAAUAAAGAUAAAAAUGAAUGUUAUUCAUCCAUAAAAGUAAACGAGCAAGAAAAAUCACUUCAAAAAGAUGGCUUGAAUGUUGUAGUUAUAGACACAAGUUCCGGAAAUGUUGAACAAAAACAUUUCAGUUCUUUGUUUGAACUAUUCAGCUACAGAUGCAAGAAAAAGUUUUUAAACUUUUUUAAAAAUAUAAACGAGAGUUCUAUUGUGGUCAUCGCAUCACAGGAUAUGUGCGCUCUCUAUUAUUCUGGCUGGUAUAAACUGCUAACAAAGAACACUAAUAUUUUCAAGAAAAAUGCUUGGAGGAAAGGCGCACAAGUAGGCUUGUCUAUUGGUUGCCAAGGUGAUUGUCCUGUGUUAUUGAAUGGAUCUUUACCGUAUAGUUAUUUCGGUUUUGAAGCAAGUCAUGAAAUAACGCUGGUUUUUCAGUUAAAAAGAACAGUAUUACAGAAUACCGAAAAACCAAUAGUCGUUAUUGAACCAUCUACAAUACAGAGCAAAACAACCCUCAUAAUCGGUGCUGUUACAGGCGUGAUAAUUUUACUAUUAGUGGUAUUUUUAAUACUUCUUCUUUCAAAACUAAAAAACAGAAAAAAGACGUGUAAAAGCAUAUGUCAAAAGUAUAAGCCACCAAGAAGUGAAAAUAACAACGAAGAUUCCCAACCACCAGCUGGCAGUGACGCGAUGUGUAAUAACGUGACGUAUGAAACUGUGCAGGCUAACUUAUUGGUCAUAACGUCGGCCAACCAAGGAGAACCUCGGUAUUCAGGCUUGUAUGCUGGUUAUGAAAAUACAAGGAAUGAAUAUCAAUGUUUGAAGCAAGACAGUGUACGUUAUGAGAAAAUACCUGCGAUUAAAGAAAGCAGCGAAUACGCAUACGCUGACCCAGCCCAGAAUAUACCUAUGGUAGCCGAGAAUUUAUAUUAUAAACCUGGAAACCAGUUUGAUAACCGGAAGAGAUGUGAAACAGCCCUAACUUAUUUAAGUGCAUCCCCGGGUAGCAGUCACCAACUCUUUAAAAAUUCGAUGGAGAAUAUCCCAGAAGUUGAUAUUUCGAACGAAAAUUUUGCGUCGUAUGUUAAAUUUAGUAAAGGACCCUUGUAUAAAUGUCCUUCUAAUGUUCAAAAGUUUGAAGCUCCUUGUGUUAAGCCACAAAAUGCGGAAAGAGCGUCUUACAUUGAUAUGAAAACCUCAGAUGUAUAUCAGAACGCGCCAUCUGUUUAUCAAACAUUAACUGUUACUGAAGAUACAGAAGAUAUGUAUGAGACGCUGGAUCGUUCAAAAUUACAUAACAAACACAUGAGGAAAUUAUAAAUUGAAGCAGUUGCGAUCGACGUAUCUUUUAUUUUUACAGUAGCUACCCAAGGUCUCAUAUUUCUUAUUUAUGUCACUGCAUAUGUGUUGGUGCGAAGUCGAAUUAAAGGAAGAAAAAAAGGGAUUUCAAGUUUGUAACAUACCUUAUCAACCUAUAUUAGGUAUAAAAGUUGUAUAUAUAGCUGUAAUUGUUAUUAAAAUAAAUAUUCUUAUGUCGCUUAUAACCUUAAUAAUUAUUUCAUCCGUGAAUGAAAGACAUACCACUUAAAUC